CCGCCGCCGCCGCGCGUGCCCAGCCAGAGCUGAUGAGGGGCACAUCCGCAUCCUCGUCGAACGGACGCAAACCCUUUUUUCCCUAUCACAACAAAUGUCGGGUCUGACGCGAUUCAGCCGAAUCCAACUUUGACGCGGCGAAACCCACACCUGCCUGCUGGCGCCGCCAUGCCUCGCCGUCCAUCUCACCCCUGAGUAGCAGCAAUUCCCACCCCCUCCCGCACUGCCGCCCGCGCGCUGCGACUGCUACUGCUACCCCGAGCGGCCAGCCAGCCAGCCAGCCAGCCCACCAUGGAUCCCCCCUCGGAACCUCCUCGGCCGCUGUCCACCGAUGCUGAGGCGAUAGACACGCCUCACCUCGCCAGAUUUGAGUUUAGUGAACAGGGCACCAAGAUACUCAUGGUUGAGUGGCAUCCCGGCGACGUUGCUGCAUCGGCCUCUUCCUCUGCCUCCGCCUCCGCUUCUGCCUCUGCCCGGCCCGAUAACACGACCGUAACCAGCUCUCGACCCGCCGCGGCCCCCAAACCCGACUCGGACCCGGCGUCGCCCCCUCCGCCCGGCUUGGACCGCCCGGCACUGGACUCGGCCGCCGCCUGGGAGGUGUCGUGGCCCGGCAAGUCGACCGUCCUUCCCGCCCGCGAUGCCGAUCAGGACGCCGCUGGCGCCUGUCGCCGAGUCUACUUCCUCCUGCCCCAGGAGGCUUCCAUCCCCCCAGCCGUAACCAUCGCUCGUCCCGGGCGGCCGAGCCUGGUGGUCAAGCCGCUCCCCGCCAUCUUCCCAGACGGGUUCGACGCGGAUGCCGGUGCCCGGGGCGUGCUUCACACCUUGUGGGCCAAGAAGCGCCUGUCUGAGCUGGACCGUGAGAUGGACGCCGAGCUCCGGGCAAACGCAGAGAGCGUCGGGCUCGAGAUGGCCUUGGCCGAAAAGAAGUGGAUAGUUGACAACUUCUUCCGCCCACCCCCGGCCCCGUCGACAUCUGCGCCGCUGUCUCCGCGAUCACCGGUGCCAGGGCGGCUGGGAGACAAGCUCAAGGGCCUCAAACUCGCCACAUCCGCCACCGACCUACUCCCAAGCCCGACAGGUUGGUGCCACCGCCUCGACAAGGCGACUCCCCUGCCCUCUUUUGUUCUUGUACACAAACUAACCACGACUGUCUCACUAGCCAAUACGUUUACGGGUGCCGGCGUCACGUCCCAUACGCUGUUGCCCCAGAUGGGCGACGUUGCCGUCCCGUCUUUUUCUGCCAUUGCACGCGGAAACGGAAACGGCAACGGCUACGCAGCGCCCGCGUCCCUCGACGCAGCUGUCAAGGGCGUUUUGUCAUCGCACCCUGGGCCUGCAGAUGGAGAGGAUGACCUCUUCGCUCUUCCCAUCAGCCCUAGAAGUCCCGAUAUGAAGAAGAGCCCCUUCAGCAUCCUAUGACAUCCCCGCCGGGUUGUCAGACACAGCCGGCCCAUCUGAUAGGCGGCAUCACAACGGGCACGACGAAGACGCAUUGCAGCAAGUCGCUCAUGAGAAGAAUGGUGGUUACCAGUGUUAUUAAAGGUCGCCGGUGGAGGGGUCGCGUAGUCCCGAUGUGCGGUCCUUCCUCACGUUCUACUGGGAAACACGUCUAAGUGAGGAGGGAGGAGGGCGGUUGUUUGGGCACAUGAGCGUCGCUAGAUAUACCACAUGGCACGGCGCGCAGUUUUUCCUAACGACGACACGAGAAUAAAAAGACGAGGACGAAGAAGCACAUAGUUGUCGAGAUCGCCGGGCCAAUAUAUGUAUAUACAGGCGAAAGGGAGGGCAUGCGUCUCUCAGAGCUUGGAAUCUAUUGAUGCCGCAGUUACAAAUCAAGUUAGACUUGAAUUGGCAGUGGAC